AUGAAAGAACUGUGCACAGGUCCAUUUACAAGGGCAUUUCUAGCUGAACUCUUGGGCACUUUGAUUUUUGUCUUUUUUGGCCUGGGGUCAGCUUUAAGAUGGCCUGCAUCCCUGCCAUCUAUUUUACAGAUCUCUCUUACUUUUGGUCUAGGGAUAGGUACUGUUGUCCAAUCAGUGGGGCACAUAAGCGGUGCCCACCUCAACCCAGCAGUGACAGUUGCAUUCCUGGUGGCAUCUCAGAUUUCUCUAUUUCGUGCUGUCUGCUACAUCUGUGCCCAGCUGUUAGGAGCAGUAAUUGGAGCUGCCUUACUCUAUGAAUUCACUCCAGAAAGUAUCCGGGGUAACUUUGGAAUUAAUUCGCUUAACAGUGAAACUACUGAAGGACAAGCCGUGGCUGUUGAGCUCAUUCUUACUCUCCAGCUGAUCCUCUGUAUUUUUGCAUCAACUGAUAGCCGCAGAAAUGACAAUGUAGGAUCCCCAUCUAUAUCUAUUGGCCUCUCUGUUACACUUGGUCACCUGGUUGGCAUUUAUUUUACUGGCUGCUCCAUGAACCCAGCUAGAUCAUUCGGACCAGCAAUAAUUGUUGGGAACUUUGGAACGCACUGGAUUUUCUGGAUUGGACCUAUCAUUGGUGCAAUCAUUGCAUCAAUAUUAUACAAUUACCUUCUGUGCCCACAGUAUCAAAGCUUCAAAGAGAAAUUAGCUAUUCUCUUGGGAAGAAUGCCAUCCGAGGAAGAAGUGGAGGAAGAGUGGGAAGAAAGGCAAGAACAGCCAAGAAGAAAGUCUAUGGAACUCCAGACCUUGUAACUUGUCCCAACAAUUUCAUGAAAGAACUGUGAAAUAGCCCUUAGUGGCCAG